AUGCUGAAGGCCACGUACACCGUCACUGAGCCGCACCCCACGGUGCCCCAAAACAGCUACACUCACGCUGGCCGCGGCGGCGCUGGCAACUUCUUCCGUGCUCCUCGGACUACCCCCGCCAGCGGUAUUCCUACCCCCGCGGACCUGAAGCCUGUCACCAGCAACUCUUCCACUUCCCGCCGCUUCUACUCGGGCCGCGGCGGCGCCGGCAACGCACACCCCAUUGAAAUCGCCCAACCCAGCCUGUCCUUCGAUGAGGAGUACAAUCGAGCCGAGGCUCGCGAGCAGCGUGUUGCUCGUGGCAUGGGCUACCACGUCGGCCGUGGUGGCGCUGGCAACAUCGCCAAGAAGAAUCUUGAGGUAGAGAAGGAGGAGGUUGACGGUGGCAACAUUGCUCGUGUCAGCACUGCCAGCACGGCAGAUAGUUUGAGGUCCAGCCUUAGUGGCUUCGGAGGCUUCGUCAAGCGCAUCAUCAGCCACAACUAA